UGCAAUGACGACGACAGCGGCGAUGACCGCCGCCGCCGCUGUUCGUCCUCUCCUCAUCUCCCUUCUCUUCCUCUCUUAUCAAACCACCACCCUCUCUCUCCCCGGCGAGGAUGCUCAUCUCAUCCAAUUCAAAUCCUCCUUGAAGGACUCCUCCCCCCUCGACUCCACCUGGAUCACCGCAACCGAUCCCUGCGACCGCAAACGCCCCUGGCUCGGCGUCGGGUGCACAAACGCCGCCUUCUCCACCGUCUCUUCGCUCCUCCUCAUGAACCUCGGCCUGUCCAAUAACGAUAGAGCUGAAUUUGAUGUUGCGCCAUUGGAGAAGCUUGAAACCCUAAGAUUCCUCAGCUUCGAAAACAACAGCUUCUCCGGAAAAAUGCCGGAGUUCAACCGGCUUAGCUCGUUGAAGUCAUUGUUCCUAUCCGAGAAUAGUUUUUCCGGCGAGAUACCAAACGACUUCUUCACCAGAAUGGGGUCGUUGAAAAAAUUGGAGCUCGCCUCUAACAACUUCACCGGAAAGAUCCCGGAUUCGCUGCAGCAGCUCGAUAAUCUCAGCGAGAUGCUGCUGCAGCGGAACCGGUUCACCGGUCCGGUCCCCUCCUUCGAGCAGAAGUCCUUGCAAAAGUUGGAUCUAUCUCACAACAAUUUGCAAGGGGAGAUCCCUCAGACGCUGGCGCGGUUUCCCGCGUCAGCGUUUGAGGGGAACCCUGGCGCCUGCGGCGCCGCCAUCAGCAAGCCGUGCAAGGCUCCGGGCACCACGUCGCCUCCCAUCGCGGAGGUGAUCAUGGCGUCCAACGCCACCACGAAGUGGGUGGUGCUGGCGAUCGUGGUGGCGGUGCUGCUGGUGACGAUCCUCUUUAAGAAGAAGGAUAAAGGCGACAUGUUCAGCAUGAUCGGAAGCGAUCGGAGAGUGGACAAUCACCACGAGCACGCGGUUGAGGUGCACGCGCCGAGCGUGAACCGGCGUAUGGGCUCGGCGAGGAGGACCGGAAACUACAACUUCAGCAGCAGCAGCAGAAACAAUUGCGAUAGGGCGCGGUCGAAAUCGGGUGACCUUGUGAUGAUAAACGAGGAGAGGGGGGUGUUUGGGCUGCCGGAUUUGAUGAAAGCUGCGGCGGAGGUGCUCGGGAACAGCGGGCUGGGCUCGGCUUACAAGGCGACGAUGAAGAAUUAUGGGGUGUCAGUUGUGGUGAAGAGGAUGAGAGGGAUGAAUAAGUUGAAUAAGGAUGCGUUUGAUGUGGAGAUAAGGAGGCUCGGGAGGAUACGCCACCGGAAUAUUCUGCCUCCGUUGGCGUAUCAUUACCGGAAAGAGGAGAAGCUUUUGGUCAUCGAGUUUGUGCCCAAGGGCAGCCUCAUGUUUGUGCUACAUGGAGAUCGAGGCAUCGCCCACGCGGAGCUGGACUGGGCCACGCGUCUCCAAAUCAUAAAAGGGGUGGCUCGGGGAUUAGGGUUCCUCCACACGGAGUUGGCCGAGCAGGAGGUGCCCCACGGCAACCUCAAGUCGAGCAACAUCCUCCUCUCCGCCAACCACGAGCCCCUCCUCACUGACUACUCCCUCCAUCCCUUAAGCAGCAACUCGCAGUCUCUGCAGGCAUACAAGUGCCCCGAGGCCGGCCUCCUCUCCCCCAAGAGCGACGUCUACUGCCUCGGUGUGGUGGUCCUCGAGGUCAUGACGGGGAAGUUCCCGUCUCAGUACCUCAACAACCAGGACAGUGGGACUGACUUGGUGCACUGGGCCAAGGAGGCUGUUUCGAAUGGGAAAGUGGCGGACCUCAUCGAUCCGGAGAUUGCCAACGGGGGAGACGCAUUGCCCGAGAUGGAGAGGAUGUUGUGUAUCGGGGCUGCGUGUGCGGAAGAUGAUCAUGUGAAGAGGAUGGAGAUGAGGGAGGCUAUAAGGCGUAUAGAGGAGGUGCAACUUUGUGUUUAAUUGAACCAAGUUAGUUGGUAGAAAUAUU